AUGCUGGUGCCACCGCCCAACUACGGGAUGGUGGAGGAGAACUUUUACCGGUCAGGCCAGCCAGAUCAACUCAACUUUCCCUUCCUGGAAAAGCUCGGACUGAAGAGCGUCAUCUGGCUCGCUCCUGAAGAACCGGAGCCCGGAUUUCUGGACUUUUGCGUGGAUCAAAACAUCGAGCUGCACCACUUGGGCGUGCUGUACUCGACCAAUGCAUGGGACCCGAUCACGGAAGAGGUGGUGCUGCAAGCUUUGCAUCUGCUCGUGCAACCUGCAACGUAUCCUGUGCUGGUCAUGUGUAACCUGGGCCGUCAUCGAACGGGCACCGUGGUUGGUUGCUUCCGCAAAUUGCAGCGAUGGAACCUCAGUGCGAUUCUCGAGGAAUACCGCAGAUUUGUGGGCGGACAAAAGUAUCGAAUCCUCAACGAGCAGUUUAUCGAGUUAUUUGACGAGGAGCUCGUGUUUGGCGCAAGCUAUUGA